GCCAAUCCGGUUUGAAUCUCAUUUUUUUCCUCUUACCCCCCCUUCUGGAGCGGUUGUGCGAUCAGAUCGAUCUAAGAUGGCGACUGUCGAACCGGAAACCACCCCUACUCCUAAUCCCCCGACUACAGAAGAGGAGAAAACGGAAUCUAAUCAGGAGGUUGCUAACCCAGAACACUAUAUUAAACAUCCUCUACAGAACAGAUGGGCACUCUGGUUUUUUAAAAAUGAUAAAAGCAAAACUUGGCAAGCAAACCUGCGGCUGAUCUCUAAGUUUGAUACUGUUGAAGACUUUUGGGCUCUGUACAACCAUAUCCAGUUGUCUAGUAAUUUAAUGCCUGGCUGUGACUACUCACUUUUUAAGGAUGGUAUUGAGCCUAUGUGGGAAGAUGAGAAAAACAAACGGGGAGGACGAUGGCUAAUUACAUUGAACAAACAGCAGAGACGAAGUGACCUUGAUCGCUUUUGGCUAGAGACACUGCUGUGCCUUAUUGGAGAAUCUUUUGAUGACUACAGUGAUGAUGUAUGUGGCGCUGUUGUUAAUGUUAGAGCUAAAGGUGAUAAGAUAGCAAUAUGGACUACUGAAUGUGAGAACAGAGAAGCUGUUACACAUAUAGGGAGGGUAUACAAGGAAAGGUUAGGACUUCCUCCAAAGAUAGUGAUUGGUUAUCAGUCCCACGCAGACACAGCUACUAAGAGCGGCUCCACCACUAAAAAUAGGUUUGUUGUUUAAGAAGACACCUUCUGAGUAUUCUCAUAGGAGACUGCGUCAAGCAAUCGAGAUUUGGGAGCUGAACCAAAGCCUCUUCAAAAAGCAGAGUGGACUGCAUUUAAAUUUGAUUUCCAUCUAAAUGUUACUAAGAUAUAAGAGAAGUCUCAUUCGCCUUUGUCUUGUACUUCUGUGUUCUUUUUUUUUUGGCUAAAGUUUCCACUAUCCCAAUCAAAGAAUUACAGUACACAUCCCCAGAAUCCAUAAAUGUGUUCCUGGCCCACUCUGUAAUACUUCAGUAGAAUUACCAUUAAUUACAUACAGAUUUUACCUAUCCACAAUAGUCAAAAAACAACUUGGCAUUACUAUACUUUACAGGAAAGAAAAUUCUGUUGUUCCAUUGUAUGCAGGAGCAUAUUUUGCUGGUUUGAAAGAUUAUGAUGCAUACAGUUUUCUAGCAAUUUUCUUUGUUUCUUUUUACAGCAUUGUCUUUGCUGUACUCUUGCUGAUGGCUGCUAGAUUUUAAUUUAUUUGUUUCCCUACUUGAUAAUAUUAGUGAUUCUGAUUUCAGUUUUUCAUUUGUUUUGCUUUUGUUUUUUUCCUCAUGUAACAUUGGUGAAGGAUUCAGGAAUAUGACACAAAGGUGGAAUAAACAUUAAUUUUGUGCAUUCUUUGGUAAUUUUUUUUGUUUUUUGUAACUACAAAGCUUUGCUACAAAUUUAUGCAUUUCAUUCAAAUCAGUGAUCUAUGUUUGUGUGAUUUCCUAAACAUAAUUGUGGAUUAUAAAAAAUGUAACAUCAUAAUUACAUUCCUAACUAGAAUUAGUAUGUCUGUUUUUGUAUCUUUAUGCUGUAUUUUAACACUUUGUAUUACUUAGGUUAUUUUGCUUUGGUUAAAAAUGGCUCAAGUAGAAAAGCAGUCCCAUUCAUAUUAAGACAGUGUACAAAACUGUAAAUAAAAUGUGUACAGUGAAUUGUCUUUUAGACAACUAGAUUUGUCCUUUUAUUUCUCCAUCUUUAUAGAAGGAAUUUGUACUUCUUAUUGCAAGGCAGUCUCUAUAUUAUGUCUUCUUUUGUGGUGUCUUCCAUGUGAACAGCAUAAGUUUGGAGCACUAGUUUGAUUAUUAUGUUUAUUACAAUUUUUAAUAAAUUGAAUAGGUAGUAUAUAUAUGGAAUUAAAUUGAUGUGGCUAUCUUUGUUUUUUUAUAAAGUAAGGCACAGUCCUUCAGUCUUAGGUAAAUAAUGUACUCUUAAUAUGUUAAUACUCAUGAAAAUUGGGAUCUGAUGCAUCACCAUUUGAUUGGUAACAACAGUGGUUGUAAAACUUGGUUGCUGAAUUGAGUUGUUUUUAUGUAAGUGUCAAAAUGAUAGUGUAGGGAAAGUACAGGUGGUGGGAACAUAAUGCAUUAAGAGUUUUGUUAGUGUUGCAAUCUAAAUAGAAUGGAAUAAACAGGUAUUAAGACAUUUAUAGUGGUAAAUUGUUGUAGUGUGGUGUUCUGUAAACUUGAAAACUUGAUCUACUCUUUGUAGGUAUCAUUUGAAAGCAAACUUGAAAAUGUUUUGUACAUAGUACAUACUUGUAUAGUCCUGUGAAAUGAAGUAUGGCUAUCAGACCAAAGGAUAAGCCAAACUGUAGGUAGCAGAAUGGAAAUUAUUAGUUUGAGAGGAAAAUUUGUCUUUUAAUGGUGAUUAUGACUUAAUCAUUUUAAAACUGAUAAACUUGACAAAAACCCUGUAUGAAAUAAACAUGAAAUUAAUAGCA